AUGGAGAAGGGAUACAGCACGGUCACCUUCGAUGGGACGCCCAGCUAUGGCCACACGCCUUCACACCAUGCAGCACAGUUCCCCAACCACUCCUUCAAGCACGAGGACCCCAUGAGUCAGCAGGGCUCUCUGGGUGAACAGCAGUACUCGGUGCCGCCCCCAGUCUACGGCUGCCACACGCCCACCGACAGCUGCACCGGUAGCCAGGCCCUGCUUCUGCGGACGCCCUACAGCAGUGACAAUUUAUAUCAAAUGACUUCCCAACUUGAAUGCAUGACCUGGAAUCAGAUGAACUUAGGAGCCACGUUAAAAGGAGUUGCUGCUGGGAGCGCCAGCUCAGUGAAAUGGACAGAAGGGCAGAGCAACCACAGCACGGGGUACGAGAAUGAUAACCACACAACACCCAUCCUCUGCGGUGCCCAGUACAGAAUACACACCCAUGGCGUCUUCAGGGGUAUCCAGGACGUUCGACGUGUCCCUGGAGUAACCCCAACUCUUGUUCGGUCAGCUUCUGAGACCAGCGAGAAACGCCCCUUUAUGUGUGCUUACCCAGGCUGCAAUAAGAGAUAUUUCAAGCUGUCCCAUUUACAGAUGCAUAGCCGGAAGCACACUGGUGAGAAACCAUACCAGUGUGACUUCAAGGACUGUGAACGAAGGUUUUCUCGUUCAGACCAGCUCAAAAGACACCAAAGGAGACAUACAGGUGUGAAACCAUUCCAGUGUAAAACUUGUCAGCGAAAGUUCUCCCGGUCCGAUCACCUGAAGACCCACACCAGGACUCAUACAGGUGAAAAACCCUUCAGCUGCCGGUGGCCCAGUUGUCAGAAAAAGUUCGCCCGGUCCGACGAGUUGGUUCGCCACCACAACAUGCACCAGAGGAACAUGACCAAACUGCAGCUGGCGCUGUGA